AUGCAAAAUUCCCAGCAAGACGAGACUACAUCAUAUAAAUUGUCAGCAGAAAGUGAUUUAACUCACACGUCCGCAAUAGAAGACAGAAACGCUCUGGGAUCUCGAUCUCGGAGAAAAAAUUCGUUAACAUUGGAAAAAGCCGAGAGUACAGUUAAACAGUUAGAUUCUAUAACUGAAUCUAAAAUGGCGAUGAACAAUAAGCCUAGAAAUAGAAUGUGGAUAAGGACAACGGCCUUUCUAUUAUUUGUAGGCUGUGUAUUAUUGUUUUUUAUCCCCGAAGAAAGGUUUAACUUUAAACCAAAUUUACCCGAAGCAGAUACUGGUUUGCCUUCAGAUUCAAAAACAAAUGUGGUAUUAGAACCUUCUAAAUCAGACGAUAAAAAAAAUAUUAAAUCUGAUCCCAUCAAAUCAAAAGUAAAUACUCCUACUAAUGAUACCAAAGUUCAAAUUCCGACACAAAGUUCUUCAAAACAUUGUACCGUACCUCAUCCUGGUCGACCACUUAUUCAAUAUGCACUCAUGCUUGAUGCUGGGUCUACAGGUUCACGUAUACAUGUAUAUCGAUUUAAUUAUUGUAAGGCAUCACCGGAAUUAGAAGAUGAAAAAUUUGCGCAUGUAGAACCAGGUCUUUCUUCAUACGGAGACGAUCCAGAAGCAGCUGCAAAUAGCUUGAAUGAAUUGAUGUCAGUAGCUCUCGAAAAUGUUCCUAAAGAAUUAAGGCAUUGUACUCCGAUAGCUGUUAAAGCAACGGCUGGCUUACGUUUGUUAGGAUUAGAGAAAAGUGAACGUAUAUUGGGAGCUGUUAGAGAACAUUUAGAAACAAAUUAUCCUUUCUACAUAGUAGAAAGGGAAGGUGUUGUAAUUAUGGAUGGCAAAGACGAAGGUGUAUAUGCAUGGAUUACAGUAAAUUAUUUAUUGGAUAGGAUAGGAUCUACGAAAAAAAUUCCUACAGUUGCUAUAUUUGAUCUUGGAGGUGGUUCAACUCAGAUUGUUUUUGAACCUGAAUCAAGUGAUGGAUUCGAAGUUGCACCUGGAGAUCACAAAUAUGAAUUAGAAUUUGGAGGACAUAAUUAUGUUCUUUACCAGCAUUCAUAUUUGCAUUAUGGACUAAUGGAAGCAAGGAAAGCGAUUAAAAAAUUCAUGAUAAAAUUGUGGUCUUCUGUAAUUAGGAACAAGAAAAGUAGUGUAAUUAACGGCGUUGCAGCAUCUAAAUUAGAUAUCGCAGAAGAUCAUGUCCCACAUCCUUGCUUACCCAAAAAUUAUACCGAAGAAUUUUCACUUUCUGAUAUUUUACAUACAAAACAUGAAGAUUCCGCAACUAUUGUCGGUACUGGUGCAGGACAUGCUCAAUGUCGAUUUAUUGCCGAACAAGUACUUAACAAAACUAAUGAAUGUCCUUUAUCUCCAUGUGCAUUUAAUGGUAUAUAUCAGCCAUCAUUACAAACAACCUUUUCUAUACAUGAUAUUUAUGCCUUUUCAUAUUUUUAUGAUCGAGUGAGACCUUUAGGGAUGCCAUCUGAAUUUUCUCUUAAAGAACUCCGAGAUUUAACAGAUGCAGUUUGUGCGGGAGAUGUCAGUCAGUUUAGUCAUUUGCCAGAGGCUAUUAAAGAGCUUAAUAAGAAUCCACAUUAUUGUAUGGAUUUAACGUUCAUUUAUGGAUUAUUACAUUAUGGUUAUGAAAUACCACUUGAAAGAGAAGUAAAAAUUGCCAAAAAAAUUAAAGGAAUUGAAACUGGAUGGUGUCUUGGAGCCGCUAUCGCCGUAUUAGAUCAAAAUGUAUUGUGUAAAUUGUCUUGA